AGACUCACCAGCGACUACCUACUCCGCCGCCUCACCUUCUGCUGGUUGCCUGCUCCGCCGCCUCCCCUCCUGCUGCCUGUUCUGCCACCUCCAACUCUCCAGGCGACGAACCGCGAACGGACGAAGCUCCCUGGCAUAAGCAACGAAGUUUUGGGGUUUCAAAGCCCAGCCCAUUAUAAGCUUAACAAUGGCAGGCCGGGUCAGAAAGUCAAUCACCUUCUCCGGUUUCACUCUGGCCAAAUUUGCCAUCAGUCCAUCGAUGGAGCUCAGCUCAAAUCUUCCGUGUAUCAAGCCUGUGAGGGAUACUCGGGAGAAACAGAUACAAUUAUGGAAGGAGUUGAUAAUUGAUUAUUGUAAGACGCAAAAUGUUUUCGUGAUUGGACUUGAAGAGGACUUUCCAUUGUUCAGUAAUCCUGCAAUUGAAAGAUCUCUUAGCCAUGAAGCAAGGGAAGCAUUUCUAUCGGCUUUGGUUUCUGAUGGCCAUGCAGAAUGGAUGGAUAAAGGUCAUAGGAAAUGCUUAAUUCUUUGGCAUAGAAUCCAAGAUUGGGCCGACUUAAUAUUGCGCUUUGUCAGGGAAAAUGGUUUGGAGGACAGUGUAAUGACAGUUGAAGAAAUACGUUCUGGGACGGAGUCUAGGGGAACAGAGCUUCACGGGAUGGAUCGUACAGUUCUUAUGCGAGCAUUGAAGCUACUAGAAAACAAGGGGAAGCUUGCAUUAUUCAAGGGAACUUAUGCUGAUGAUGAGGGUGUCAAGUUUUCAUUAUGAUGUUCACAUGAUGUUUUCUAUUUGUAUGGAAUGUCCUGAAACCAUCUUGUAUUCAAUUACAAAUUCAGCAUUGAAGCUGAGAUCAGAUUGUUAUGUAAAUCCCACAUUUACAUUUGGAAUACUGGUAAAGAUUAAGAAAAUGUUUUAAAUGUUUAACGACACAAUUUGGCAUU